GACGAUGUGAAUCACGACCAGCACGCCAUGCAGGAUGUAACAUGCGCGCGGAGCAAACAAUCCAUUAUGUACUAGUUGUCGGCACGCAAUGGCAAGGAUUCGAUCGGCACGAUACACAAGUCGUCGGCAUACCAAGUGUCAGCGACGCAAGUGCUAUCAAAUUCUACACUAAGGGUUUGGUGAGGUGUGCAAAACAGAAUGGUUUCGGCAGUGUCUACGCCAACCUCGACAACCGCUCCCCUGCAGCCCACCAAUGCGCCCUCGACGCAGGAAUGAUAACCCUCCCCAUCGAAACCUUCCUCUCCAAAUCAAACUUCAUAUCAAACAUCGUGCCUCCAGGAGAAGAAAACGCGUUCGCACAAAAGAUUCACAGUACACUCGGCGCCCAUUUCGGUUCCGCCCUUCUCCUGCGAGCUUCUGUCGACUGUAACACUGUGAACCCCGAAACGGUACUAGGGACACCGCCGCGAGAAGGAUGGGAUCCCACUUUCUACGCUUGUUCGGAACCAGGAGCACAAGACGUGUUGGAGGAUUUUGCUGCGCUGUCCCAGUACAGACUUGAAGUAUCGUUGGUGAAAGGCGAAGGUGCUGGAAUAGGUGAUGCAAAUUCUUUGAAGCUCUGCGAGUCUCCGCCCACCGCUCUUUACCAGCAACAGCCAACGCCCUAA